GCCCGGCCGACUGAGGGGGAGCGUCGUUUCCUCAGAGUUUCCCUCAGAAACGCCUUCUCCUCUUUCCGACGGGCGAGCGAGCGAGCGAGCCGUGGCGGGGCUGAGCCGGGCCGGCUUCUCGCUUCGUCCCCAUCCCCGAGGAGAGCCGAGGAGCCCCCAGUCCCGUGGACGGGUCGGCCCCGGAGCUGCCGUUGCCCCGCCGGCUCCUUUCCGCCGCUGGGAGAAGGCCGAAACCAGGUGACGAAAGGCCCCGGGAGCGGCUGAGGGGAACCUCGACCGGUGUGGAUUUCCCCUCUCCCGGCGUCGGUUACCCGCCUUCAGGCAGCCUUUGACUCCCGGCGGCCUCCGAGGACGGAAAAAAUCAUGAUGGACACCCCCGUCACACACUCGGCUUACCAGCCUGCAGAAUUGGACAGAAAUAUGUAUUAUAUCUUGACUGAAAACUACCAUUAUGGCAGCAAGCUUUUCCACGCAGGGAGUAUGUGUUAUCUGAGAGAACAGAUAUACCUGCAGCACAUUAGCAGAAUGUCUACUCGCUUGUGGCGCUUUAUCAUGGAACAGGAUGGUUCCGUGGCUACUGUGGACGUGGAAAGCCUGCAGCCAGUGAAUGAGAAGAUGGCUGACUUCCUUCUGGCCAUCAACAACGCUCAGGAACGCUUGAACUGUUUUCUAGACAGGCAGGUUCUAGAUGCCGCCAUGAUGGCUGAACAAGGUCAGCAGGUCUUGGUCGAUCUGGAUGAUCAGUUUUUCCCCGCUACCAUCCGCUACAUUGGGAAACUUCAUACGAGCCCUUUACCAUCAGGGAUCUGUCCAAUUUACUUUGGAGUGGAAUUGCGGGGUGAUGGUGAAGGCAGAGGCCUCUGUGCUGGCACCUACCAUGGGGCAGAAUACUUCAAGUGUAAACCCAAGUGCGGCCUUUUCCUGCCGUUCAACAAGCUGCAGUUUCUGCCAGCGUUAGAGACCGACCAGGUGGAGGAGAAAAGGCAGCGACCUGAUGGAAUUGUGCCAGUGAAAAUGGGCGACCCCGUUGGCUUUUAUUUAGACGAUGCCUUCACACGAGGGAUAGUCCUGGAAGUGUAUCAGAAGGAGAACGAGUGGAUGGUGAAAGUAUGUCCGGAGGAAGAGGGCUCAGCAGACGUUUUCCGAGAGAUCCCUCUGGAUUCGGUGGUGAAGGAGGAACUGCUCUCCUUAGACCCGGAUUCUGGGCUCCAGGAAUACUUCAAGCGUAAGAGAAGCGAAAGUUCAGAGAAUUUGGAAGAGAAGGCCGGCUCUCUGGGAGUCAACUCUAUGGUGCAGAUCAACCUAGACAAGGGACGGGCUGUCACGGGGACGAUCCGUUGGAUCGGCUCCCUCCCUAAUACCCCGCGAAGGGUGGCUGGAAUUGAGUUGGAUGAAGAGAAUAACGGUCUUUCCGACGGGGAGUUUCAAGGUGUGCGCUACUUUAGCUGCCCUCCCCACCGGGCCCUUUUUGUGCGUCUGGAGUCGUGCCAACCAGAUUCACGUUUCCAGGGAAACCAGCGGCUGUUCCAGGAGCCUUCCGAAUUCAGUGACGUGGACAGUCUGUCUGUUCAGAGCAACUCCCCACCCCUGAGAGACGAGGUAGCUGUGAGUGUCCUCCGAGGGCGGAUGAGAGGGAUCCAAGGCCACUGUAACUCCUGCUACAUGGACGCUGCCCUAUUCAGCCUCUUCUCCUGCACCUCGGUCCUGGAUUCCAUGCUAUAUAAGCCCUCUCUGCCCGCUGAUGGGCGCAUUCAAGAGAUCCUCCGGGACAAGAUCGUCAACCCUCUGAGGCAGAAUGGCUUUGUCGCUGCCAAAAGCAUGAUGGAUCUUCGGUAUCAGCUGACCGAAAAGGGACAGUCUUCCAGUUUUGCUACUUCGGAAAAAGACCCCGAAGAGUUUCUGAAUCUGAUCAUGCAUCGCAUUCUUGGACUGGAGCCACUCUUGAAACUGCAGUCCGGAAGGUUGAAAGAACAGGAGUGUUACUGUUACCAGAUAUUCAUGGACAAGCAGGAGAGUUUGGUGGUGCCCAACGUUCAGCAGCUGGUAGAGCAUUCCUUCCUCACCUCGGACCUCAAGCUGGUGGAGAUCCCGUCCUGCUUUAUUCUCCAAAUGCCUCGUUUUGGGAAGGAAUACAAAAUGUUCAGCAAAAUCAUCCCUUCCUUGGAGCUGGAUAUCACCGACCUCCUGCUGGACAGUCCCCGGGAGUGUUUUGUGUGCGGAGAUAUCGCCACUCAGGAAUGCUCCUCCUGCUUCAAAGACAAGAUGUUUGCUGGGACGGGGCUGAAGCAGUUUUGCGACUCGUGUUGCAGUCAGGCUCACUCCCAUUAUCAGCGAAGAGGCCAUCUGAUGACCAAGCUCCGUGUUCCCAACGAAUUCGCUUGGGACGGCAGCCGGGACAGGGUGCGGGUGCCACGGGAGAAACUGGAGCUGUUUGCCGUUCUCUGCAUUGAGACCAGCCACUACGUGUCCUUCGUGAAAUAUGGGCCGGAGAAAGAGAACUGGAUGUUCUUCGACAGCAUGGCAGACCGACACGGUGACGAGAACGGCUACAACAUUCCCACGGUGACGCUGUGCCCGGAGGUGGCCAAAUACCUGGAGAUGCCCGUGUCCUCCUUGGCCAUGGAGCAGCCGCGUGACAUGGAAGGAGUCACCAAGCGCCUCUUUUGCGACGCCUACAUGUACAUGUACCAGAGCAAGAAGAUGGCCCUUUACAAAUGACGCCCAGGCCGGAGGGCUCCGGCUUCGUGUCCCCAGAAGAAAGGAGGCCUCUCCCUCAGCUCUUCUCUCCUGCUCUGCUGCUCACAGCGCCCCACCCCUCCCCCUUGUGGGACUAAGCGAAGGCGGCCGUGCCCCUGUGGCCAAGUCUCCCACAACCCUGCAGGGUAGGAACAUUGUUGGUAGAAGAGUGUGAUCAACAUACCUCAUUUCUCAUUCCACGAAGCUUUGGAACCGAUGUGCCUUGACCCUCCUGUGGACCACAGCUAGGAACACAGAAGCUGAAGGUCAGAGUUUUUUGGGGGUGUGGGGAAAAAGACUGUCUGGGCUGUGACCCUGAAGCAGGAAGCCCCCAGCCCCAUUUCCGGCCUGAUCUGCUUCCGCAGAAUCCGGGGAGAAUUCCUCUUCCUGAACAGACUGAUGGGGAUUUAGCAUUGCGGAGAAGGAAUGCUCACAAAUCCUGCCCUGUCUAGGAAUCCUAAGGGAUCAAAAUGUCUGUGACCCUUUGCACAUGGCCGUUUUGAAUGGUCCCCCGGCGGCACCUAUUAUGACGCCCAUCCCUAAAAAUAUAUAUAUGACGUUUUUAAAGAUUUGGGGCUCCAGGCAGAAGUUUCAUGAUGGCAUCUCAGGUUGGACCUUCAGUGGUCCCAAGAACAUAUUACCCCAAUCUUGGGGGGGGGGGGGGAAGAUCACAUCGAUUGUUUUAGUUUUUCCGUUUUUGAUGAGGCCGCACUGUGUACAAUCGGCUUCGAUCCAAAGCAAAGAGGGCAGCAACUUUGGGGGUUCAGCUGCUGUGCCCCCGAUUUAAUUAAUUUAAAUUAAUUGUUAUUUUAACAAUUUAAAUCUCGUGAAGUGCCCUAGCAGCACAUUCAGAAAAGCAUCUAGUGAGCCUUGGUCCCCUUUGCCAAUUUCUAUUUUCUGAGGCAAACAAAUGCUUCCCUGGAUUUUGCCUAUGAAAAUUCUAAGAGAUGUAAGUGAAUUUUCUCACCGUAAAAUCCUAUAUAUAUAUUUUCCUGUAGGCUGUUCUCUUUUAUCAGCUCCUCUAAUUCGAAUUUCCAUCUCUUAAGUGCCACAGUUAUGAACGAUUCUUCUUAAUGUAUCAGCUACGAAAAUCCUUCGAAUGAAACACUUUCAGGCUCUCCUGCUCAGUUAUGUGCGAUUUACACAAUCAUUCCCCUGACUUCGCCCCGCUUCCCUCUCACCCCCAAAACAAAACAGCUUUCUUAUUUUCUCUCCUAGUAAAUACAAUGAAAUAAACCUUGCAAGGAGCAGGGGGGAAAGUGCCUUAUCCACGUAGCCAGUUGUAUAAAUUUCAGCUCUUUUAACUAGACGCACUUUUCUUCCCUCUCUGAAAAGAUACUGUAAUGCAGUGAGGGCAAACCUUUUUGGAAACAAGUGGCCAAAACGGAACACACCUGUGUGUGCAUGUGUGCACCAGAGUACCAAAGCCAAGCGGGCUAGUGUGCUUGCGUGUGCCGAAGCGCCGGAAACCUGAAGACCAGCUGGCCUAUGUGCUUGCAUGCGCUGGCCAGCUGGUCUUCAGAUUUCCAGCACACGCAGGCUCACCAGCCAGCUGGUUUUCACAUGCGCCAGAAACUUGAAGUCAAACUGGCCAGCACAUGCAUGCACAUCACCUCUGUCAUGCGUGCCAUGAGCUCGCCAUCACAGCUGGGAUGUAAUACGUUGUCACUGAAAUUUCCUGCACUCCAGCUUCAGAUCCGCCCUUCCAAUUGGGCCGCUUUUCCAAACAAGGCUGCCUCUUGGUGGAGAAAAUAAUACUUGAUAGGAAUACUUGGUUUAGAUGUCGGAGAUCUGCCUCGGAUCUUGGCGCACUGGCAAGUUAAUUCUUGCAAUAAAGAGGCGGCACUUACGCUGCAGCCAGCUUCAUAUUAUUUUGGUUGUGGACCAGAUUCGGUUUGUUUGCUUAGAGUAAUUUUAAAAAAAAUAUUGUAAAUGCGUAGUUUUUGUAAGUUAUGUUGGUUUGAUCCCGGAACGUCCAGCCUUGGCAAUUUUUUAAGGCUUGUGGACUUCCAACUCCCAGAACGGCUGGCUGGGGAAUUCUGGGAGUUGGAGUCCACAAAAUUGCCCAGGUUGAAUGCCCCUGGAAUAUUCAAUGCUUUUUGCCCUUCCCAAAACAAAAAAAACCCACAUGCUGAAUUGUCUUAUCGCUUGUCUUUUCAGUCUGUAGCCCUUCUUUGCAUUCAUCUCAGGGGAAAAAAGAACUUUUUGUAUACGUAACAUCUCUCUAAAAACAGGUCUUCCAACAGAGCCUUAUUUUUAACUUGA